GGUGUGCGCCGGAAGUGUUGUCAGCUAAUGCUGAUGUGUUAAAUUUAAGGAAAGCUUAAGUUUCUGUUAUAUCGGUUACAUUUCAACCUGUUUUUUUUUUUAAUUGUGGAAUUUGAUGUCAACAAGUCGGCAAUAUUUACAAGCCGGUAUUAUAAGAGGGGUUGGAUCACUUAGAGGAUGGCGCCUAAGGGUAAGGUUGCCACAAAAGGCAAAAAGCAGAUCUACGAAGACAAUGCGGCCACACUGAAGUUCUAUACGCGGGUCAUUUUAGGAGCCAAUGCGAUAUUUGCUGCUGUGAACCUCUUACUUUUUUCUAGUUCUGCAUCAUUUUGGACAUGGGCCUUGCUGGUGUUUGCGCUGAUGGUGUAUGGAGCCAGCUAUCGGUCCAUGUCUGCGAUGGCGAAACCCACGUUCUCCGAGGACGGCACCCUUCUGGAUGGGGGAAUAGACCUCAACAUGGAGCAGGGAAUGGCAGAGCACCUGAAGGAUGUGAUUUUACUAACAGCCAUUGUGCAGGUCCUCAGCACAAUAUCUAUGUACUUCUGGUACCUUUGGCUCUUGGCCCCAGGGAGAGCCCUCUAUCUCCUGUGGGUGAACUUCCUGGGACCCUGGUUUUCGGCUGAGUCCCCAGCUGCCAACGAGGAGGUGAACGAGAAGAAGCAGAGAAGACAGGAGCGACGACAAAUGAAAAGAUUCUAACUCCGAGUUACUGGUUUUUAUAAAUAGCAUAUAUACACAAGGCAUACAGAAGUGAGAGUCUAUCCAUUUUAAAUUAUUCAGAAAGAUUUUUUUUUGGGGGGGGCGUAGAGCUUACAGAAAUAAAGAUCUUACUGGUGUACACUUGACAAGACAAGAAGGAUUUGUUUUAAGGCAUUUGUCCAUGCCUGUGGAGACAGUGCUGGAUACCCAUGGGGAUCAAAAGGAAAGGAGGAAAUAAAUGCCCUGAAUGCACAUAUUAAUUCAUCUGAGCAGUACAGGGACAUCAGUUACACGGUGAUACUGGUAUUUCUACUGUGUCUUAUGCAACAACUAUACACAGGAGCACUGUUUCACCCAUUCAAUAGCAGAAAGCUGCACCCCAGGGCCAGUUCCAGAACACUGGGGCUGCUAGUCUGGACUCAACCCUGGAGGGGAUGCCCUCCUUCAUAUGGCACCCAUACAUGCUAGGACACUGCAGCAGUUUAGAGAUGCUGCCCAGGAUUACACUGCUGGUAUUGUAUAAAUUAACUUAUAUCACACUGCCAUGCCGAGCCUGAAGACCGUUACCCCACGACUAUAAUGAUUUUAAUAAUACUGACCGUCGCAUCAGUACAGGGUGAGUCAAAAUGCUGUCGGCAACUUUGACAGUUUAUUCCAAAUUAAUUACAAUGGUUACUGUGACAAGGUUUCAAACGAAAGCAUAAAUAUCAAAGUUUCUAAUGGUUACCUUACAAUCCUUCGCCAUCUGUGGAGGAGAAAAUGAAACUUUAGUAAAAUAAUUGGCAUUUAUACUUGUCGACAUCAUUUUGACUAGCCCUGUAUUAUUGGAGUUGAUGUUUCUUGGAUGACUGAAUGGAUUCAGCCAAACAGAUUGGUAUCUGAUUUUGAGGUUCAAAAAGGCGCAUUAAGGUGCCCUUUUAGUUAUGUUAGCAUAAUUUGUGUCUGGGACACCAUACUGUAAUUAUCAGGGCUUUAAAAUUGUGGAAUCUGUGGAGCUGCACUGUUUUGCUUUAAGUAAUACUGUCAUGCUUUAAGUAAUGGUCUUAGUAUAACUUUAUUGGUUUGAAACCAGAAAAAUGUUUUUUUUCUUCACAUGAUUUGUUCAUUUCUGCUGUUCACAUUGUUACUAUACAUUAAAUAGCUACUGUCUUACUAAGCAGUGCCUUUGAUAUCCUACAAACUCAAAGUGGUUGAAAUUGAAAUCUGUUAAAUAAUAGAAAGUUUGAAAAGCUUUCUGGUGAAACUGUUAAAUGAUUAGUGCUAUUUUAAUUUUAAUUUUUAAUUUUUUGGUUUAUAUACACAGUUGCAUGUGUUACACUCUUCAGUCAAAACCACAUGCCUGUUAGUGCUCACAAAAAAUGGACAAACAUGUUGACAGAUGCAUUUUGCACCUUCUUGGAUAUAAUUCAUGGUGGUCAUUAGGGUGCAUUAAUGGACUCAUAUAUGGUGCUUAAAUCCAAAUAUUAAAGGCAAUUUAACAGGUUCUUGCAGACCAAAUGAUUGUGCCCCUGUAGCGGUUCUCAAUUUUACUUUUUUUUAAUGAAUCAUUGCCUCCAUCCCAUAUUUCCUUAAAGAAAUGCUUGCCUAUUGCAUUCAUCUGUCAGGAAUCAGUAUUGGGUCAUAUUUUAUAGCGCUAUUGUUCUCAGCUUGCAAAAUACAUAUGCGAGGUCUGUACCUUUUUCUGCAGAUUGCAGAACACGGGGAAAAGCAUGAUUCGCGGAGCCGUCUCGGCACGGCGUGAUAAAGUGUAAUGUCUUAAUGUAAAUAGAAAAAAAAAGCUGUUUCAAUAAAAAGACAAUUAUCUGCUCGGUU